AUGACGCGGACGGCCCACCGCGCGAGGUGCGAGGCGGUUUUGCGCCGCAUUCAUCAUCGCCUGGAGGCGGAGGCGCAUCAGCUGAAUCGCGCGGUGCUCGUCUUAAAAGAGGCGAUGCGGCGUCUACGCGCGGAACUCGCCCCGACCCGUCCGUUUCUCGCAUCCUCGACGAAUCUGAUGGAGAGUACGAAUCCCAAUUUUAAUAAUCCAAGCAGCAGCGUGGAUGGGAAGGACUUGAGCGGGGGGGGAUUUCGCGAAGGGGAGCGCGCGUUCGCCGCGGGGGGUUCGGCGGAUCGCAGCCUCCUGCAGGCCCUGCGGGGGGCGAUGGGGAAAGUCCGCCAGUUGGAGUCGUUGAUCGUCGCGAAGACGACCGAGCGGGCGGCGGAGACUUUGAACGAAAAGACAAGGGAAAAGGCGCACAGGGAAGGCCUUGGCGGGGUGAAAAAAGCCGCCACCGCGGCCGUUUCCAAGCCGUUUCUUAUUGAAGACCAACAAAAAAAGACGACGCGCAAAGAAUUACCCAGCGCGGAUAGAGAACGGGGGGUGAGUUCCCCACCCGCGCAGUUCCCCAUGCGCGUCACGAAAGGCGGUGCUCAUAGAAAGACAAAAGAUAAAAUUAUUGGUAGAGAACCCGCGGCGAUUCGAAGUUUCUCCGCGCGAGUGAAAGGGAAAAACGGGAAAAACACCUCUCCAGGGCAGAAUACCAAUUUCGAUUUGAACAUUGUGGAGUGGUUGGAAGGGCAGAAGGUGAAGUCGAGAAACCUCUCAUCACCAGAUCCUUCCUUAGUUAGAUAG